AUGCAGCAUAUCCACUAUCCUAAACUUCUGCAACUUGGUCAGAACCUGCAGCGGGAGGUCGCAUCCUUGCGAGUCAAGGAUUUUGCAAUGGAGGUCCAAGACAAGGUCCUACGCGCUGACCACCAAGUUCGACAACUCCGGGGAUUGAAUGGCACGCUGUCUGGGCAAGUCAAAUCUUUCGCAGAUGAAAAUGCAGAUCUCAGCAAGGGAAAAGUCGAUCUUGAGGCGAGAGUUGAGCAGCUCACAGGAGAAUUGAAUGAGUCAAAGACAGAAGCUGCUCGACUAGAGUCAGAAGUCUCUGCCCGGGAUAGAGGACUCAACGCGAAAGAUCGAACAAUCGCAGCGCUACAAUCGGAGUUGACAUCCCUCCGAACUGAGCUGAAGGAGUCUAACAACAAGUCAACCAGCCUAGAGAAAGAGAAAGAUGACCUUGCCAAACAGACCCAGCACCUGGAAGAUCGUGAGGAGGAAUUAUGCAACGUGGUUCAUACCUACAAGACAACGAUCGAGGGACAGUCCAAUACUAUCACUACUCUCGAAGGAGAGCUAUCCAAGCUCCAGGAGCGACUUGAGAAAGAGCAAGAGACUGCCCGCCAGGAUCGAGUUGGCCAUACAGCAGCUAUCGAGAAAGCCAGUGCUGACUUGAAAGCUUCCGAAGAAAGAGCGCUUCAGAAUAGCAAAACCAUCGCAACGAAAGACGACGAGAUCAGGGGCCUCAACGCCACGGUCGAGUCACUGCGAGCAGCAAUUGAGAAAGAACAAGCCGACAACAGAGGCCUGGAACAAGAUGCCGACAAAGCGCGCUGUCGGCACCUUGACGACAUCGCCGAGAGAGAUGCAGAGCUCGACAAGCAACACCGUGCGGUUGAGGCGGCGCAGAAGCAGACCAACCUGAUAGAAGACGAGUGGAAGCAAAAGCAUGCACGAACGGUGCUUCAGUUGGCCGCAACGCAGCUCGCCGUGAAUAGGGCGGAGAAGCGUAAUCAGAAGCUGCUUGAGACCCUCCUGGCAGCGAAGGACACAUUCGAGCAAGUCGUCAUAAGCGCUCUAGAACGGUCAAACUGCCAACGAGUCAAGGAAGGUGACAGUACAAAGUCGCAACAGUCAGGUCCUGCCCAAGCGCAGGCAGCAGAGCCGAGAGAUAGCGCUCCUGCCGACGUGAUAACAGUGGAACGAUCACACCAAGCGCAAAAGCGAGCAGCUGACCCUGAAGACGAUGCAGGAUCGGAUCGACCUCGGAAGAGACAGUCGCUCGUUCUUAAGAUGUCAAAGCAGGUCAGCCCUGAGAAGCAAGCACAUAUGGAGUAG